CACUAGCGAAAGAGUCAUUGCAGUUGGGCCGUCGCGUGUGCACUAUUUUCCUGCUCUUGCUCAGUGUGUGCAUGGCCUAAACGUUAGCUGUACCCAUUAGUCUUACACACAUAGGCGCGCGACUAUGGGGGCUGACCUCCAGGAGCCGCGGUCGGUCGCCGCUGCCACGGCCACGGCCAGUGGAGCCGCGGCGGCACGGCCCUUACUCGACGACGCCGCGCUGGCCGCCGCCCUGCACAGCACCGCGCUGGCCCCGCAGCCGCCCACGCCCGACCACGCGCCCCUGGUGCGGCUGCUGCGCUGGGCGGCGGCUCGCGGCGCCCGCGCCCCCCUGCUGGCGCUGCACCCCGACCACCCCCGCACCUACGUGGCAGCCGCCGCCGUGCCGCCCGACACACCGCUGGUACGGCUGCCGCAGCGGCUUCUGCUGCACGCCGGUACGGCCCUGUACGACCCAGUGUACGGCCCCGCCUUCAGGGCGCUGCGGGCCGAGAUGGAGGCGGAGGCGGCGGCGGCGGCGGCGGCGCAGCCGACGGCGGUGCAGAAUGGGGCAGCGCCCGAGCAGCAGCAGCAGCAGCAGCAGCAGCAGCAGCAGCAGCUGAAGCCGGUGGGUGGGGAGGGCGCCGCUGGGGCCGCCGCCUCGGCUGUAGUGCCGCCGCCGCCGCCGCCGCCCCAGUCGUACUGGGAUGCGGGCGGCGGCGGGCUCAGCGACCGCGACCUGCUGUGCAUGGCGCUGGUGGUGGAGCGGGCGCGGGCGGACCGGGCGGCGGCGGCGGCGGCGGCGGCGGCGGGUGGUGGUGGCGGCGGUGGUUCCGAAACUGGCAGUGAUGAAUGUGGCGGCGGCGGCGGCUCGGAGUGGGGUCCCUGCAUAGACAUCCUGCCGCGGACCUACGACGACCCCGCCUGGUGGGGCUGCAGCAGCGGUGACGACGACGGCGGCAGUAGCAGCGGCGGUGACGGCAGCAGCAGCAGUGGUGGUGGUGACGGCAGUAGCGGCAGUAGCGGCAGUAGCGCGGCACUGGCGCUGGUUCGCGGCACGCGGCUGGCUCGCGCCAGUGCCGCCUACGCGCCGGGUCUGGUGCGGCUGGCGGCGGCCAUGGGGCGACUGCGGCGGCUGCACGCGGAGCUGGGGGGUGGUGGUGGUGGUGGUGGUGGUGGUGACGGCUCCGACGGCCCCGACGGCGCUCUGCUGGGCGGCUGGGCGGCCACACAGGCGGCGGCGCGCUGGGCGAGGUCGGCCGUGUGGUCGCGCGCCUUCAUGGUGCGGCGCCUGAGGCUGAGGAGGAGGAGUUGGAGGCCGGCAGUAGCAGCCGGCAGCCCGGGCGACCCGGCUGUAGCUGCUGCUGAGGCGGCGGUGGCGGCGGCAGUAGCAGGCGGCGCGGGGCAGGAGGCGGCGGCUGAUGGGGAAGAGGGGGAGGAGGCUGCAGAGGGGGAGGAGGAGGAGGAGGAGGAGGUCCAGCCGCUGGCAAUUUGCAUGAUACCGGUGCUGGACAUGAUUGACCACGGCCCGGGUGUGGCCGCCGCCUGGCACACCGGCCCCCGCGGCCGCCACCCCCUCACCUGGCAGCGCCGCGGGCCCGUGGAGCAGGGCUGCCUGCUCCUGAACAACUACGGCGACAGCAAGGACGACUGCCAACUGCUGCUGGCCUACGGCUUCGUGCUGGGGCCGGAGGGGGAGGAGGAGGAGGGAGAGGGGCAGGAGGGGCAGGAGGAGGGGGCGGAGGGCAGUAGCAGUGGCAGUGGUGGCAGCAGCAGUGGCAGUGGCAGUGGCAACGGUUGCCCCAACCCAGCCAACUAUGCAUCCAUCGAGAUAAGCUUCGGGCGGGGCAGUGGGGGUGAGGGCGACGGUGGUGGGGAGGGCGGCGGCGGCGGAUGGGGUGCCGAGGCCCUGGCUGCGGCGGCGGAGGCGCAGCAGCGGCGGCUGGUGGCGGCGGCGGCGGGGCUACCGGUUGGGGGCGGCGGCGGCGGCGGUGGGGAGUUGCGGCUGACGCUGGCGGACCCACUGCCCGAGGCCCUUUUGCAGGCCUCCCGUGUGGCCCUGGCCUCGGGCGCCCGGCUCUACUCGGCAGCAGCCGAGGCCCUCGCGCCACCGCCACCCGCAUCACCCGCACCCGGGCAACCGGCGGCCGAGGGCGGCAGUAGCAGCGGCAGCGACUGUAGCAGCAGUGGCAGUAGCAGCAGUAGCAGCGGGGCCCUGGCGGCGCUUCUGAACGGCGGCGGCGGCGCGGCGGCUGAGCUGGCGGUGUUGGCGGCCGUAGCGGGUCAGCUGCGGCGGCGGCUGAGGGCCAUGGUGCACACGGAGGGGGAGGCGCGGCUGCUGCUGCGGCUACAGCCGUCGAGUGGGGAGGGACAGCAGGGGCUGCAGGGGCUGCAGCUGCUACUGCCGGAUGACUGGUUGGAAAGCAAUGGGGCCGGGGGCAGUAGCAGUGGGGGUGGCGGGCUGGAGCCUUCCGACCCGGCGGCGGCGGCGCGCUGGCGGCGGCGGCGGCUGGCGGGCUGGCUGCGGCGGCAGGCGGCGGCACUGGACAGGCUGCAGCAGGCGAAGCAGCAGCAGCAGCAGCAGCAGCAGCAGCAGCAGCAGCAGCAGCAGCAGCAGCCGCAGCAGCAGCAGGAGGCGGGGUCGGCAGUAGCAGCAGCAGCUGCAGCACCGGCGGUCGCGGCAGUAGCAGCAGGGGCGGGUGUGGGGCGGCACGAACGGCUGGCGCUGGCGGUGCUCAACGGCCAGCGGGCCAUCCUGACGGCGGCGGUGCAUGAGGUGCAGCGGCGGGUGGCGGCGGUGCUGCAGGCCGCCUGUGAGGCCGCCGCCCACCCCGCCCUGUGCGUAGCGCCGCCGCCGCCGCCGCCACUGGUCCAGCAGGCAGCUGCAGACGCCGCCGCUGGUGGGCCGCCGCCGCCGCCGCCGGCUCUCUUGCUCACGGAGGCCGGCGACAGCAGUAGCAGCGGCAGUCCUGGCAGUAGCAGUAGCAGUGGUGCCGCCCUGGGUUCCCUGCCGCCGCUGCCGUACCGCGCCGCCGUGCACACGGUGCGGCGGGCGGCGGCGGGCCAGCUGCUGCUGCGGCUGCCGGUGCUGCUGCCGGGGCAUGCGCUGGACCCGGCAGUAGCAGCGGCAGUAGCGGGCAACAACUCAGAAGCAGCAGAGCCCGGCAGUAGCAGCAGCGGCAGUAGUGGCAGUAACGGCAGUAGCAGUCAGCUGGUCUGCAUCGCGGGUGAGGGAGAGGAUGACCUGGUUCUGACCCUGGUGCUGGCGGCCGCGGAGGAGCUGCAGCGGCAGCAGCAGCAGCAGCAGCCGGAGCAGGGUGCUACUGCUACUGCUACUGCCAGUGUGGUGGCGGGUCACGUGCUGGCCGCGCCCGGGCAGCGGGAGCUACUGCGGCAGCUGCUGCGGCACGUGCCGCCGCCGCCCGUGGUGCGCAUGCUGGUGCCGCCGCCGCCGCCCCCAGCUGCUACAGCGGGGGGUGCUGCUACUGCCGAUGCUACAGCCCAGGGCGGCGGCUGCGGGCCGCACCUCUUGGCGGCGCUAGAGGGCAGUCCGGUCAAUGCCGAGUAUGAGGCGGCGGCGGCGGAGCUGCAGGACUCCUUCAACGGCUUCAUGCAACAGCACCUGGCGCCCCUGGCCGAGGCCUCAGCCGCCGCCGCGCCCCCCGCAGCGGCUGUAGCAGCGGCAGGCGGCGCUACUGCCGCCGCCGCCGCCGCGGGGCUGCUGAUGGGACCCGCCUGGCCGCCCGCCGCCGCGUUCCGGCUGUACGGCUGGGCGCGACACGUGGUGGCGGCGUGUGCGGUGGCGGUGGAGGCGGGGGCGGGGGCGGGGGCUCAAGAGGAUGUGGAGGAGGCGGGGGAGGAGGGGCACGGGAGGACUGCACGCGGGCUGCUGGUGCUGGCGCCGGUGCUGUGGGCGCUGCCGCAGGAGCUCCGGGACGCGGCUCUGUCCCUGUGCCUGCGCCCCCACCCCGCCGGCCCCCACACCGCCUGGCUCGAGGUCACCGCCGCCGCCCCCCUGCCCGCCGGCCUGACCCUGCACCCCGCCUGCCUGCUGCCAGCCGCCACAGCGGCAGCAGCUACUGCCGCCGCCACUGCUGCUGCUACAGCUACUGCCACUGCCCCCGCCACUGCUACUGCCAGUGCUGCUGCCACUGCCGCUGCCACUGCUACUGCCAGUGCUGCUGCUGCUACUGCUGCUGCUACUGCCAGUGUUGCUGCUGCUGCCGUGGACACGGAUGAGCUGCUGGUGCGGCACGGCCCGGAGGCACUGGCGGCGCUGCACCGCAUUGCUACUGCCGCCGCUGCUACUGCUGCUGCUGCCACUGCUACUGCUGCUGCCACUGCCACUGCUACUGCCGGCGAGGUCGCUGCAGCCACAGCGGCCGCUGACACGGAGAUGGGGGAGGCGGAGGAACAGCAGCUACAGCUGCAGCGGCGGGUGCUGGGACUGCUACUGCCGCCGCCGCCGCCCCACGUGCUGGAGCUGCUGCCGGGUGGCGACGAGGAGGAGGGGGAAGAGGAGGAGGCGGAGCGGCGGGAGCCCAGGCGGGUGGCAGCUGGUGGUGGCGGCGGCGGCGGCGGCGCUGUGCUGAGCGACGGCCGCUGCAGGGCGGCGGCGCUGGUGCGGGCGGGACUGGGCGUCACACACCACCUGGGGGCGGGCUGCUCCGGCCGGGCCCUGGUCACCGCCGCCCUGCAUCUGCUGCUGCUGGAGCUGCCGCCGCCCAGCCAGCCGGGGGGCAGCAGCAGCAGCGGCAGUAGCAGCAGCAGCCAUGGCGGCGCCACUGGGGGUGACGGUGACCGGACCUCAGGCAGUAGCAGCAGCAGCGGCUGGGACAGUCGCAUUCUGGCGGCCGCCGCACAGGCAGGCGCACCCACACCCGCACCCGCAAUUGCAGCCGCAGAGCCUGUGGCUGCCACAGGCGCAGCAGCGGCGGCGGCAGCGGAGGCGACGGCAGGGAUGGCCCCGGUACCGGGCGAGGGCGGCGCCGGGGCGGCGGGGGCGCCGGAGGAGCCGGCGUCUACGGCUGCGGCUGCGGCGGCUCUGGCGGCGGCUCGGCGGCUGGUGGGCUGUCUGUGUGGGCUGCCCGAGAGCCAGUCCGUGUGCAAGUCCGCCAGGAAGACCCUGCGCACCGAGCUGCAGGCCGCCCGCCAGCGCCUGGCCGCCCGCCUCAACCAGCUGCCGCCGCCCGCUACUGCCGCCACUGCUACUGCCGCCACUGCUACUGCUACUGCCGUCACCCCUGACGCUGCCGCCGCCCCUGCUACUGCCGCUGAGGGCGUGCGGCUGUACCUGCAGCUGUACGGCAGCGGCCUGGGGGACUGGGCGGCGGCGCUGGGGCUGGAGCGGGCAGGCGGAGGCGGCAGCGGAGGCGGGAGGGAGAGGGGCAAGAAGGAGAAGGGCGGGUCUGGAAAGGACAAAAAGGGAGCAGGCGGCAAGAAGCGCAAGGAGGGCGAGGGUGGGGGCGAGGGCGAGAAAGGAGCGGCGGCAUCCAAGAAGGCGAAGAAGGGCAAGGCUAAGUAGGAGUUCCGGUGAAGCGACGCGGUAGCGGUCGUCGAGGGGGCGCGGGUUGAGGCUUCAGGCCAGAGAGAUGACAUGCAAAAUAAGUGGUGUGCAAAGCCCGACAUUACAGUGCUGCUUGAUAUGCGCCCAACCGGAAAGAGAAAGCCAGGCGCGGUUUUGUCGUGGCCGGCCAACCGCCAUCGAGUAAGCCGCCCGAAUCCAGUAUCUCUGCAUUUCCGCGCCUGCUUGUUUCCAUGGCCUGGGUGUAACAUGCUUGAAGU